GGGAACAAAAGAGCAGGAAAUAAGGAGCAAGGAACAAAGGCAAAAACGGGUCAAGUACAAGGAGGGGGGAAGGGUGUGAGAACGGGGCAGCGAGAGACGGAAAGUCAGCAGAAGGAGUCGGUAGGUGACGGUGAGGAAGGCCUGCGAGACGAUGGAGAAGCUAGACAAGUGGCAUUGCUAGAUGACCUGAGCAAACUGACGCAAGUUAAGAGGUCAUGUCUAACGAGCUUUCAGGGCUCUUUGACGGACGCAUCGCUUCCUGUUGCGGGAACAAACUCACCUCUCCUUUCACCGUCUCCCGUUCCCACACAUGACUUUCGGAUCACCCCUGUGCCAGAUCUUGCAUUACUUCCCCCUCCCCCUCUCCCCUCAGAAUCGCAAUCUGAAGCGUCUACACCUCGGGGUACAUCAGAGGGGGUAGAAAAGGAACCGUACAUUGUACCGGAGAAUCCGGAGAGAGAGGGUGAUGACACUGUGCCCUGAUGACGGCGAUAGAAAAUGAUGUAUACAGAUUAUGCCUUUUGUUCAAUUUGUUAAAUUUAUUCGAGGUGGUUUAUGCAGGGCCUAUCCAUGAUAAAAAGCUUGGGGGGGAAAAUACAUAAAUAAUUAGACCAUUUGUUUUUCCUUAUCGAUUAUUUAAGUUUCAAUUUUCUUAAAUUUACUAUGGCCACUUUAAAAAUAUGAACUUGGAACACGAACGUGCCUGAGGCACGUCGCACGCCGUGAGGAAACACUGACUGGCCUGAAAGGAUUGGAUGGGGAUAUAGACGUUCUCCAGGAGACCCAUUUGUGCACCAAAAAAGAUCGCAGCUCAGCACAAAGGUUAUGGACACGAGGCCCUUCCAUAUGGUCAUACGGUGAAGAAUAUCAAGCCGGCGUCGGGAUGUUAUUUAGAGCUACCGAAAGUUUAACGGUGGACUUCAUGCUAGAAGCGAUCCCAGGGAGGCUGGUCAUGGUGGACUUUACGAUUCGUGCUCUGAGAGAGGAUGGUGGCGAAAACAAACUCCCCUUCCGGUUGUGUGGACUCUAUGCUCCGAUUAAAGCCAAUGAACGGAGAGACUUGUGGGAGCACUUGAAAGCCUACUGCAAUACUCGCAGGCACGUCAUCGUAGCCGGAGACUUUAACAACAGGGUCGUCGUGUCGGACAGGAUGACCUACGUCGAUGAAGAUCGAACGACGGAACAAUCUGCGGCGCGACCUUUAACGGUGGAGGAGAGAGAGCUGGAGCGCUUCUUCAUUGAGAACGGAUUAUCCGAUAAAGCGACAGAAGCCACCAACGUUUUGGAUUUCUUUCCGGUUACUUGUAGGCGUGCCUUCAUCUACAGGUAUUCUCCCAUGGAUGGUGCCAGAUACACCUUUUACCACACGAGGGGAGCCAGCAGGCUGGAUAGAAUACGAGCCUCAAAAGAGCUCAAGACAGACCGCUGCAGGUUGAUCGUGACGCCUUGGUCAGACCGUCUUAUGUUGAGCUGCGAUUUCAGCACGGGACAAGUUUAUCCUCGAGGAAAACCGUUGUGGAGGCUCACGACAAAACAACUGAAUGAUAUCUCUUGCAAGGAAAUGUUAGCCUCCACCUUAGCUAACAUGCUCACCCUUUGUGACUUGUAUGAAGAUGAUCUGGCGGCCUGGUGGGAGAGAUGCAAGCGGAUCGUCAGGAAGAGGUGCUGGAGCCUAGACGUCCGGAUCAACAGUAAAGAGGUGAAAACAUACCAAGAGGCAGUUUACCAGUUCGUCAAGUGUCACAGCAGGGUCAAUCGUGGGCUCCCGUAUGACAAACAGCUGCUACAGCGUUCCAGGGAAGUCAUCGUGGCCUUCCAGAUGAGGCAGAGGCAAAAGAAGAGAAAUGCCAAACUUUAUAGGACUAAAGGGGCCCUGGUGGACAAGGAUGAGUGGGUGAGAGCUAGAACCCAAGCACCCUUUGAAAGCAUGAAGGGCCUGAGGCUCUCUGAGGAUGACGCAGUUUCCCUCCGUCCCGAUGAAAUGUUGGACGUCGUGAAACGUUAUUAUACUCAGAUCUAUCGAGAGAAGCCCAUCCGGGGGGAGGAGAUACGGAACUUUUUCGACAGCCUCCCCCAAAGGGACUUAAAUUUGAUACACCGAGGACUGGUGGACGAAGACCUGAGAGAAUUAGAGAAACCCAUCACCGAGGAAGAGAAACCCAUCACCUCCGAAGCAGAAGGGAACAUUUCAGGGCGGUGGCUGAAAGCUUGCAUGCUUAUUUGUCUGUUUGUUUAAAAUUUUUAUAUGCUGUCCCAUUGCAUAGCCUCGGGACAGGUUACAUAAAUAAAUAAACAUAAUACAAA